UACGACACACAGCAUUAUUUACCUGCACAACCAACCAGCAACAUGGUGUCCGACUUCAGAAAGAAGAAGCUUCUCCACGUGUUCAGCCGGUUCUUCGACACCGACGGCAGUGGCAGCAUUGAGAAGGAUGACUUCAAGACCGCCAUCGACAGGAUCAACAAGAGCCGCGGCUGGAACGCUGGCGACGCCAAGUACAAGCACGUCGAGGAGACCAUGCUGAAGAUCUGGGAGGGCAUCGAGAAGGCCGCUGACUCCAACAACGACGGGAAAGUCAGCCAGGAGGAGUGGUUCGCCAUGUGGGAUGCCUUCGCCACCAAGCCUUUCGACUGGCAGAACCUAUACUGCAAGUUCGCCUUCGAGCUUGAGGACGCCAGCAACGACGGUGCUAUCGAUGCUGAGGAGUUCUCCUCCGUCCAGGCUUCCUUCGGCCUGAACAAGGAUGAUGCCGUCGCUGCCUUCCAGAAGAUGGCUAAAGGCAAGCCCCAGGUGACGUGGGCGGAGUUCCAGGAGCUAUGGAAGGAGUACUUCUUGUCUGAUGACGUGAACGCUCCUGGCAACUACAUCUUCGGCAAGUCUAGCUUCUAAGGUUAACGUAUGAAUUAAUUAAUAUUUUUGGACUGCUCUUUUUUGUAAUGACGAUUUUCGUGAGUGAUCUAAUGCAUUUAUAAUGUAAGUAGCGAAUAAACUAAAUUAUUUUUAUAUGUA